UAACAAUGAUCAAACUUGUGUUAAUAUUGACUUUAAUUUGUUUGUAUUUUAAACAUGUGUUUGCGAAGAAAAUCGAAUGUGGUUACAAGCAAUGCCCCCAGACCAGAGAGGGAGCGCUGAACGUGCAUCUCAUCGCGCACUCACACAUGGACGCUGGCUGGGUGAAGACAUACGACCAGUACUACUACGGAUCUAAACCAACAGUCAGCACGGCGAACGUUCAGCUCAUUUUCCACUCAGUCCUAUCGGAGUUGCUCCACGAUAAACGCAGAAAAUUCACGUUUUCGGAGGUGAGCUACUUCUGGCGAUGGUGGAAAGAGCAGCGGCCAGCAACGAGGGCCACCUUCCGAGGUUUAGUUCAGGAGGGCCGGGUGGAGUUCGCGGGCGGAGGCUGGGUCCAGGGAGACGAGGCCACGACGGACUAUCUGAUGAUUCUAGACCAGUUUACCUGGGGACUCAGAAAGAUGAAUGACACCCUCGGUCCCUGUGGCAAGCCGAAGGCCGCCUGGCAGAUCGACACAUACGGCCACUCCAGGGAGCACGCCUCGCUCCUGGCUCAAAUGGGCUACGAUGGACUCUUCAUAGGUAGAGUGAAUCACAAGGACAGAGAAGCCAUGUUGGAGGAAGAAAGAAUGGAGUUCAUGUGGAGAGGGAGCGAUGUUUUAGGCAAGAUGUCGGACAUAAUGACGCACACACUGUACAAUCUGUACAACGCGCCGGACGGGUUCUGUUUCGACUUCCUCUGCAACGAGGAACCGAUUAUCGACGACCCUGACAGCAAGGCGUACAACGCCGAGAAACGGGUCAACGACUUCAUAACUCAAAUCGAGCACCAGGCCAAGUACUACGAACACGACAACAUCAUGGUGACCAUGGGUGGUGACUUCACGUACCAGAGCGCUGCCAAUUGGUUCAUGAGUAUGGACAAACUCAUCAACCACGUGAACACGCAUCCCGCCAACAUGUCGGACAUAAACAUCUUCUAUUCGUCUCCGUCUUGUUACCUGAAGGCGCUGUACUUGAAUGGGCGGAGGGACAAAGCCAUUUACACUGAAAAGGGGGAUCACCUGCCGUAUGGUAGCGACUCCAGCACGUACUGGACCGGGUUCUACACGUCGAGGCCCAGCAUCAAGUAUAUCACGAGGAAGACGCACAUUUUUCUUCAGAUAGCGAAGCAGCUGACAGUCCUCGCUCGCAUGGGAGAUUCCUAUGAACUGCAUCUGCUGAGACACGCGCUCGGCCUUAUGAUGCACCAUGAUGCCAUAACAGGCACUAGUCAGCAGCACGUGGCUAACGACUUCGUGAAAACGCUGAGCGAAGCUUUCGUGGCGUGUACGAAGAAGGUUUCUACUUUACUGAGCUACCUGACACCGACGUGGGCCGGCACUCGGCGGUCGAAGAGUAACCAGCAAUUCAACACGUGUUACCAAAUCAACAUGAGUCAAUGCCCGUUUGUCGAGGGUCAAGAGAGCCUCCUCCUCCUAGUAUACAACCCUCAGAGCGUGAAGACGUACCACUACGUCCGGCUACCGGCCAUAGCCCUGCACUACAUCGUCAGGAACGCUUAUGAUGAGGAGCUGGAGUAUCAGCUCACCCCACUGGCCCCAGCGGUCACCAACCUGCCGGGGCGGACCGCCACCACCAACCACGAGCUGCUCUUCGAGGCGGAGAACAUCCCACCCCUGGGCUACGCGUCCUUUUACGUCACGGCCAUCAAGGAUCCUCUGGGAGAUUUAGAGUACAUGAAGAAUAAGAAGUUAGGUCCUGAUCCAGAAUUGUUCACGCAGAUCUCCAAUGAGUAUCUGAAGGUACAGAUUAACAAGCAGACCGGCUUACUGGAGUCCAUUCAGCACGUGAGCGGCGCGAAGGUUCAGGUCUCCCAGAACUUCCACUACUACGGGCAGACCAGGGGCAGUCUGCAGUCAGGGGCCUACAGCUUCAGGCCUGACCAGCGACCAACACCUAUAGCAGAAAAAGCAACAUACAACACGAUUCGCGGAGCCCUAGUGAAGGAGAUCCACCAGCGCUUCUCCAGCUGGGCCUCACAGACCCUAAGGCUGUAUCGAGGGGAGGAGUACCUCGAGCUAGACUGGGUCAUAGGACCAGUGCCCAUCAGCACAGACCUGGGGAAAGAAGUGGUGUCCAUCUUCACGAGCAACAUCAGCAGCCGCGGGGAGUUCUACACCGACUCCAACAUGAGACAGAUGAUGAAGAGGAGCUGCUGGAAUGAGUCUGCUGGUCAAGUCGUCAAAAAGCCAGUGGCGUCGUGUUACUACCCGGUCACGUCCCGGCUGUGUAUUCAAGCAUUCAACGCUAGCACAGGAAUGUGUAUUUUGACAGACAGGACUCAGGGCGGGACUUCAUACAACGACGGGGAAAUAGAACUUAUGGUCCACAGAAGACUUCUAACUGACGAUGGCUUCGGUUUGGACGAGACCCUGAAUGAGGAGGAGCACGGGACGGGGCUGGUAGUUCGAGGGCAGCAUCGGCUGUUCCUCGGCAAACAUAAGCAGGACGGUAAGACAGGCUGUCUCUCUCACACGAGCCUUGGAUGA